AUGUCGAAUUCUGAACAAAUUAAUAUUGAUUCUACAUUUACAACACUUGAUCUCAAUAAAAAUGUUAAAACUAUUACAGAUUCAACAACAUAUGAGCUAGAUGCUGAAAAACUUUUUUAUGUAUCUUUAUGUUUAGAAGCUGAUGCACGAGAUUGGUUUUAUAAUAAUCCUGAUUUAUCUUAUAUCUGUUUUAAUCGAUUACGUCAUUAUGAACAAAGUAUAAAUCAAGAUGUCAGACAAUAUUAUUUUGAUGUUAUGAAAUUAUGUAAAGAAGCCAAUCCAUUAAUGGACGACGCUAGUAAAUUACAAUAUUUGAAGGAUGGUUUAAAACCUUCAUUACGUUUUGAUGUCUUAUUAAAAAUUCCACAGACAACAACAGAAUUUUUGGAAUAUGCCCAAAAGAUUGAAGAACUUAAAGCAAUAAAUGAACAACAAGACACUGAAUCGUUUCCAUUUGGACAACCAAAUUAUAACAAUUCAUAUUAUAACACUACUUAUGAUAACAAUAAUUCGUCUGAACGACAUGUAGCUGCUAUAACAACAGAACAACAAUAUUGUAAUUCUAUACCUAAACAACCUUAUCAAUGUUAUAAUUGUGGUGCUAAUGAUCAUUAUAUUCGUAAUUGUCCACAUUUUCAAUAA